AAGGGAGGGAGGGAGAAGGCAUCCCGCCCGCCCAUUGGGCAGCCCGUCGGCUCAUUUGCAUCGGCGGGGGCGGGCCCAGUGACGUCACGCAGGGCUAGCUGAGCGGCCGCUCGGUUGCGCGCUCAGAGCCGGAGUGGGCGCGGGGCGCUGCGGUGCCUCUCAUCUUCGUCCCGUGCAGCCCCGCGCCGCCAUGUACGACCCGGAGCGCGGCUGGAGCCUGUCCUUCGCGGGCUGCGGCUUCAUGGGCUUCUAUCACGUCGGGGCGACCCGUUGUCUGAGCGAGCACGCCCCGCACCUCCUCCGAGACGCGCGCAUGCUCCUGGGCUGCUCCGCCGGGGCGCUGCACUGUGUCGCUUUCCUCUGCGGGAUGCCGCUGGACAAGAUUCUGCAGGUCCUCAUGGACAUGGCCCGGGAGGCCAGGCGCCGGAACAUUGGUAUCCUGCAUCCAUCCUUCAACCUGGGCAGGUACAUCCGAAACCAACUCCAGCUCUACCUGCCGGCCAACGUGCACCAGAUCGUCUCGGGCAGAGUGAGCAUCUCGCUCACCAGGGUGUCGGACGGGGAGAACGUGCUGGUGUCCGACUUCCACUCCAAGGAGGAGGUUGUGGACGCCCUGCUCUGUUCCUGCUUCAUCCCCUUCUACUCUGGCCUCAUCCCUCCUGCCUUCAGGGGCGAGCGAUACAUGGACGGAGGGGCGAGUGACAACAUCCCCUCCAUCGACGCCAGGACGACCAUCACGGUGUCCCCCUUCUACGGGGAGCAUGACAUCUGUCCCAAAGUCAAGUCCACCAACUUCCUGCACGUGAACAUCACCAACCUCAGCCUGCGCCUCUGCCUGGGCAACGUCUACCUCAUGACCCGAGCGAUCUUCCCCCCGGACGUCAAGGUGCUGGGAGAGAUAUGCGUUCGCGGGUACCUGGACGCAUUCAGGUUCCUGGAAGAGAACGGCAUCUGUAGCAGGCCCCAGCACUGUCUGAGCCUGCUCCCCACAGAGCCGGCACCGGAGGCCCACGCGCCGCACGGGGAGGGCACCAGCCGGGAGCCGUCCCCCGGGCCCGAGGGGGACGAGCUGCUGGAGCACCUGCGUGCCAGCAUCCUGCCCUGGGACGACGGCGUGCUGCAGACCAUGUCGCCCAGGCUCACCGCAGUUCUGAACGAAACGAUUAAGGACAGAGGUGGGUACCUGAGCAAGAUCUGCAACCUGCUGCCCGUCAGGGUCGUGUCCUACGUGAUGCUGCCCUGCACCCUGCCCGUGGAGUCCGCCAUCGCCGCCGUGCGGGGACUGGUGCUGUGGCUCCCCGACCUCCCCGACGACGUCCAGUGGCUGCAGUGGCUGGUGUCCCAGAUGUUUGCCCGCUUGACCUCGUGUCUGCUGCCUGCCUCCAGAUCCCAAAGGCGGAUGAGUGGCCAGCACGCCGCCCUGCAGGCCAGAACAUGACUUGCUGGGCCCCUGUGUCCGUGCACUUGGACGCCUUCGCCAGUAGGGGCCGAAGCCAGGGCUGCCGGGCCCUCCGUCCUCGGGUCCGGCCUGAGCUGCUCGGGGAGCAGAGACCUGCUGGGCGCGGCGCUCUGUCUCCCUGCUGUCCAGCGGGAAGAGCCUCCGGGGCAGGUCUGGGAACUGUGUGUGCAGCUACGUCUGCCCACAGUCUCGGGCGGGAGCCAGCCCCCCGUGCUGACCCCAGGAUGGCCUCCAGAGCCCCGCUGAGGGGUGGACACUCCCACUGGGGGUGGCCGGAGUGGCUGGUGAUUGGGGUCUGGCCUGGCCUCUGUGCCAUCUCGCGGGCUGGAAGGAUGACAGGGGCCACUCGUCCCCCUCCCCUGCAGGAAGGCGUCCGAGCACUGGGGAGGCACGGUCGGUCCCAGGAGGGCGCCCCACCUGUCAGGUGCUCUUAGAAGACAGUCGCUCAGGAGAUUCUCAGAACACGUUUCUGGCUUAGCUAAAAUAUUUUGCAGAGAGUUUCAUAAAAUAAGCACAAGGGGAUUUCUCCCUUUGUCGGGUCGUGUGUUCUGUCGACCCGGGAGUUAAUAAUCAAUAAAUCCACCUUGGAAAGCCUCUACAGCGCAUGGCAGCCCCGACCCCCAGGUGCAGCCAAGCACAGAGCCCGGGUUCACUUCCUUUCUUCCCUGGACGUGAACUUGGCUCGUUUUCCGCAAGCUCCGGCCGGGUUCUUUUUCUCUUGUGUUCUCUCCGUCCUGUGUCCCCCAGCCUUAGCACCAGGGAGCUCUCAGCAGGGAGCCCGCCAGCUCCCCAGGUGGGGUAACUUGUCAGCGCGCCCAUGACCGGGGGGCACGUGUGUGUUGUCUGACCGUGUGUGGGAGGCUAACGACGCUCACACUCCGGGUGCUGGCCAGGGCAGUGGCCAGCCUCCGCAGGUCCUGGCCAUCUGCAGCGGGAGAAGCAGCAGUUCAGGCCAGCACUUCGUCCAGGCCGGUCCCUUGGGCAGUGGCGCUCCUGACACAGCUCCACGUAGGCUCAUUCUCCGGCUGAGCAGCGGGAACAGGAAGCCCCCAUGGAGGGGCCGGGGCUGCAGUUCUGGGUUUACGCCUGGCUCGGCGCCUGCUGGGAGAUCUGGCUGAGCACCGGGGCUCCUCUGGCUGCUCGGACCACAGUGCGGGUGCAAGGCCCCGUCUGACCCCGGCUGGGUGCUGGCUGCUCAGCCCCCUGUCCUUCCACAGUGCCCAGUAGCCUCUGGAGUUCGGACACGUCAGGCCGUUAGCAGGUGCAGCGAAGCCUUCACGGUAUUCUAUACUUGCCGGUGCUAUUUCCAUAGAUGGAUGUAGACGCUGGGUGUCUUGUCAGCACCGGGAAACGCGACGUGGGAUUCCGUGGGACUCGCCGUGGUUUGUUUAGAAGUAUUCAGUCUUCCUCCCCUGAGUGUGUGUCUUAUCCUUGAAGAGACUGUGCCGGGGCAGGCGUUUGGCCCGGUGGGGAAGCCACUGCUCGGGACGCCCACAUCCCACCUCGGAGGGCUGCGUUCAGUUCCUGGCUCCGGCUCCCGACUCCAGCUUCCGGCUGGUGCAGACCCUGGGUGGAGCAGCGCUGGCCCCAGUGCCUGCGUCCCCGCCACCACCAUGGGAGACCUGGAUUGAGGUCCUGGCUCCCAGCGUCAGCCCCUGCCCAGGGCCACUGUGAAAUCUGGGAAGUGAACCAGUGGACAGGAGCUUUCUCUCUCUCCCAGAUAAAUGAGUAACUGUAGGAAACGUGUGCUCUGAUAGGAAUGAGGAACGUGUAAGAGAAAUGGCCGAGCUUCCUCUGCCCCUGUGCCUCAGGUGCCCCCCACCUCUGCCGUUUAUCAACACCCACGCAAAGCCUCCUAAACC